CAAAGAGAUCGACGAGGCAAAUACCAAAGCAAUUUAUAAACUCAAUUAGUUAAGAUUACAUAUGAUGAAGAUGGAAGUAAAUAUAGUGUCCAAAGAGAUGAUCAAACCUAAUAACCCAACUCCAAAUCACCUUACCACUUACCAACUCUCCUUUCUUGAUCAAUUAUCUCCUGCAGUUUACACCAAUUGUGUUAUGUUCUAUAAUAACAUUAAUAUUAUUGGUGGUGUUGAAAUAUUAUUACACAAUCUCAAGACAUCCUUGUCUCAUGCACUUACACUAUUUUAUCCACUUGCAGGAAGACUCAAAAAGAAUGCUUCUUGCAUAGAAUGCAAUGACAUGGGAGUCCCUUUCAUUGAAGCAAAACUACUCAAUUGUAAUCUAUCUGAGUUCCUAUCUCAAAACCCCAUUGAUCCAAUUCAACUUAACAACUUAAUUCCAUUCGAAACCGAUCAUGGGGUUUCCGAAAUACUCCUUGGCAUCCAAAUCAACAUCUUUAGUUGUGGCUCUAUAGCUAUUGGAUCAUCCAUCUCUCAUAUCAUUGCUGAUGGCUUAUCAUUUUUCAUGUUCCUCAACAAAUGGGCCGCCAUAUCUCGUGGCGAUGCCUCAUUCGCAUGCCUACCGCCACAAUUCGAAGCAGCUUCGCUAUUUCCUCCCAAGAACAUAUCCGGGUUCAACCCUCGAGUUGAUGUUGAAAACAAGAACAAUUUUAUCUCCAAAAGGUUUGUUUUCAAUGCUUCAACCAUACAAAAUCUUAAACAAAAAUAUGUUAACAUUAGUAAUGUUUCUCGUGUUGAGGCUUUGUCUACAUUCAUAUGGAAUCGUUUUGUGGCUGUUACUCGAUUGCAAGUGGAUUAUUCCAAAACAUCUUAUGCUAUGGUUCAGCUAGUGAAUCUUCGAACGAGGUUUGAGCCUUCACUCUCUGAAUCCUCGUUUGGAAAUCUUUAUCGAUUUGUAAUAAUUAAAGCUGUUGGAUCAGAAAAGAAUGAUGAUCAGAUCAUAAAACAGAUGAGAGAAGAGUUGAGUCAUAUUGAUGAUAAGUACAUUAAAAAUCUACAAGAAGGAACCCAACAUUUGGAAUUUAUGAAGAAAAGUGGUAAAGGGUUAUUAAAAAGAGAGACAACAGUUGCUCUUAGUGUUAGCAGUUGGUGUAGAUUUCCUCUGUACGAAUCAGAUUUUGGGUGGGGAAAGCCUACUUGGGUUGGGUUGGCUCCCUUGUGGUGCAACAAUGUGGUUACAUUUUUAGACACCAAAUCAGGUGAUGGGAUAGAAGCUUAUAUCAGCUUAAGCAGAAAUGACAUGGCUAACCUUGAAACUGACAAAGAAUUCCUUGCAUUUGUGUCUGUUUGAAAAUUACUAUCAAGUUUUUUGUUCUGUCUUUUUAUUAAUUUGUGGUUCGAGCCACUUGAUCACUACUAUUUGAUGGGGUUGCAGAGCUUCAUUGGUUCUGCAUCUUGGAAUGGACAAAUCAGCUUUUAGUUAGCAAUUAGUUAAGUUUCUGUUUUUAAUAUUUUGCUUGUUAGUUAGUUCUGUACCCAAGUAUAAAUAUCUCAUUUCCUUUUCAUUCUUAUUAGAUUGUAAUUUCUUAGAAUUGGAGGGUUUUAAAUUGAGCUUGAGUGUGUUGAUCUCAAGACUCGCAGUGUGAGGUUUCUUUGUAAUUUGAGAGAGUUGUUCAAGGUGUAUUGUUCUCAGAUUCAUUAUCAUCAUUAAUAUAUUUCAACCAUAAAUGAUCGUUUGG